AUGAUUACAUUCGACGUUUGUUGUUUUCUAUACUGUAUUAAAAUUCUACUAUCUUUUAAUAAUAAUUCCAUAUCUUAUAAUUUUUCUCAUAUUAAUAAAAGUAUUCGUCAUACAGCAAUUAUAUUAGCGAAAAUACUUUCUAUUAAAGUUUUAAAACAUUUAAAUGCUUUAAUUAAAGUUGGUGUUAAUGCUUUUAUUAUGUGUGAUGAGGAACCAUCCAAAUAUAUUAAUUCAACAAACCGCAUUCUAUAUAUUAGUAAUGAACAUCUUGCUCAAUACGGUAUAAGUCAAAAUCUUGUUUGGGAUAGAGUAUUGGUUUGGUUGUAUAAUCAAAGUUGGAUCGAUUAUGUUUGGCUAAUUGAAGAUGAUGUUACAUGGAGUAAUAUACAUCAUAUAGUUGAUUUCUUUAACAGAUAUGCAAAUAAUUCAGCAGAUCUUUUAUCAAGAAAUAUUAUUUAUAGAAAUAAUCAAACACUCAAGUAA